AUGGCUCACACCCAAUAUCCCUUCCUGGUCAAGCACGAAUUCAUGCAAUGGGCCGAGUCGUGGAAAGCCCACAAAGAUUCUCUUCCUCAAGCAUUGAGAUGGAAAGGCUUCUUCGUGAAUAUGGUUUUUGCCAUUGCUUUCCUCAUGACCAAAGCUCGGAUGAAUGGGCCAGUCAGAUCACAGGCUUUCUACAACGUUGCUACAACAAAAUAUCUACCUUUUCUAACAACAUGGGCCAACCCCGUUGUCAAAGCUCAGGCAUAUCUCAUUCUCGCGCUCUAUGCUCUUCAUAUGCCGUCCACCGAGAACAUCAUUGCCUUGUCCUCGUGGACCAUCCGAUACUGCGUGAUGGCACAACUUCACCUGGCGGAAACCGAACCCGCACCUGUCAGCCGUGACGCUCAGAUCCAGAUCCAAGUCCGUCGGAGAGUCUUCUGGUGUGCCUACACUCUCGAUCGCGCCGUCUGCAGCUCGUAUGAUUUCCCGUGUUGUGUUCCGGAUCACCAUAUCACGGUAGCGAAUUUUGCCAACGUUGACGACGACGAACUCUUUGUAGUCGCCUCGUCGCUGGCGCCUGGCUCGCAGAUGGUCGGGUCCAGUGGCGUGACGAACGUGUCUUCGGCUCUCCACAUCUUUGCCGGUCGCAAGAUCGAAUCCGAGAUCCAAGAGGUGACGCUCGGCAAGGAUUUCGUGCCACAUUCGGAGGAAUCUUUCCGGUGGCGGUCGACGGUGCUGGACAAACUGAAAGAGUGGGAUCGACUUUCCAAGGCGUCGUCGGACCUCUCGCAGAAGGGGUACGUGAGCCUGCCCUGGCUGAGCAUGAUCUACCACUACAACCUGGUCACGCUGUACCGGCCCACGACGAGGGCGAUCGUCCGCGGGAUCGCCGGCGACUGGUCCGUCCAGGCGUGCAGCCAGGCGCUGUUGUUGUUCCGCAAGUUCCAGAUGGCCCGGGAGAUCGCCCAACCCUGGCUGGGCUUGCUCACGCAGUUCCAGAUCGGCGUCACGCUGUUAUACUGCUUCUGGGCCACCCCACCCCAGCUUUGGAGGGACUCCUACCGGUCGGCCGACGUGCCAGACGCCGUUCGGGCCUGUUCGAGCACACUGGCCAUCUUCGCCGAGCGCUGGACCGAGGCCGAGUGCCUGCGCGACGUCUUCGAGACCCUGGCCCGCGAGAUCCCGCUCGGCGAGUCGUGGCCCCGACCCAAACGCAUGACGCCCGCUGGCGUCGCCACUGUCGAAUCCAGCCUCCCCCACACGACCCAGGUCGUCGUCCACCGUCCUGUCCUGCGCAUGAUCCGCGAGAUGGCCACCGAAGACUUUCCCGUCGACGAUCGUCCCGUGAUGCAGGAAAUGGACUUGGACGACGACAACCCUCCGCCUUCGUCCGCCAUUCCUGCUCUUGCUCCUGGCGAUGAUGAUGGCGGCGGCAUGGGCCUCCAAUGGGCGGAGCACAGCUUCCCCGGUCCCGAUCACAAUUGGAACGAUAUGCCAGCGUUCCUCAACGACGAUUUUAUGUCGAGUUAUGAACCAUUCCAUUAUAAAGAUAUAUGA